AUGCCGGCGCAGCGGCUUACGUUCCUGUACCCCCAUCUCUAUCGCUCGCUUCGACUGGGCGAGUCGGCAGCCCAAACAGCAAAGAGCCGAUGUCGCAAGUCCCCGAAUAGUCACUGCAGCGGACACUACGCCGUAGCCUUCUCGACAUCCGCCCGAAGGAGGAAAGCCGUGUUUGAGAGACACGGCAAAGCGGUUGAGCCGCAACCGGCCUCGCCCAAUGUUGUGAAAUUGCCGCAGCCCGGAAAGGAGAUGAGGGGUUCGAAAGGGGGCCCGAAAGACGAGAAUCAUGGGACGCCCGAGUUUAAAGCAAAGGACGAUUUCGAGCUAGACUCUAAGAAGGCCGUGGAAGAGUCCCCCGAGACCGAAGAGUCCCCUAAGACCGAAAAGCCCACCCCGCCGUCUGAGGGCUCAGGAAGCGCUCAGCAGGCCCGUCCCACGCCGCAGCAAGUCGCCGCCGAGGAGAAAAUGCAGUCAAGCGGCCCGAUGGAGGCCGUGUUACACAUGCCCCCGCCGUCGCAAUUUUCGCACCCGCACAUCUCGACACCGCCCUACAUCCACCACUUCGAUACAUACGGGCUGGUCAAGCAGCUCGAAGGCGGCGGGUACACAGAGGAGCAGGCCAUCACGGUCAUGAAGGCGGUGCGAACGCUAUUGGCGCAGAACCUAGGCAUGGCGCAGACGGGCCUGGUGAGCAAGAGCGAUGUCGAUAACGAGACGUACCUCUUCCGUGCCGCGUGCUCCGAGCUGAGCACCGAGGUCGACAAUAACCGCAAGGCCGCCGACGAGCAGAUGCGCCAGCAAAGGACACUGCUGCAACAUGAGGUGGAUAUCCUGGGUCAGAGGCUCAGCCAGGAUUUGAUGACUCUGAAGGAUGAUGUCAAGGGCAUGUUCAAUGAUCGCAGGAUGGCUGUCAGGGAGGAACAGCGUCGUACGGAAAGUGCUAUUCAACAGGUGAACCUCGAAAUCAGCGUUACGCUCAAUAGUGAUGCAAAGUCUGAGAUCGAAGGUUUGCGGUGGGUGCUGAUCCGUCGGUCAGUGUUGGGUAUCCUCUUCAUGGUAGUGUUGACAUUGGGGACGAUCCGCUACACCACAUACAUUGGCCACGAGCAGCAGAAAGAACUUGAAGAGCAGCGGCGUCAAGAAGAGGAAAAGCGUAGGAAUAAUGGAAGAGUUGACCAUGCCCCGGCCCCGGAUGCCGCGGAGAUUCUGGCAGCAAAUUAG